AUGGAAAGGACUCCUGCAAUUAGUCAUGGCAAAAUCCCCAUACCCGGCGGGUCCCCUCCCCACCCAGCCCUGCAUGUUUAUGGCGGGUUUGGGGACCCAUUUAUCUUCAUGACUAUGCCAAUUGGAACCAUUAUUAGACUCACCCGUGAACAAGCAUUGAAAUGGGGGAUUGGUUGCCUGAACAACUUAUAUGAAAGUAUUGAGAAUCUUGAUGAUAAACAUCCGCAAAGUGAGAAGUGCAAGGAGAUGCUGCUAUGUCCUCGGAGUGCUGCUGAAAUUUACAGCAGAAACCUUAAACUAGAUUUUGUUGAUAGUAAUUCUAAUGAGUACUAUGUCUGCGGGAGCGGAUGCACUUUGAGCCCUUACAAAACUGCCCGUUGCCAUUGUGGAAACCACAUAGGUUAUAUGGUGAAACUGAAAAAUCCUGUAUCUCUUCCUGGAGGUGGAGGGGUUUUUGUGAAACCCACCGCACGCUUUAUGAUAACCGAUGACUUUCAAGUGCUGCCCAUGUCCACCAUGACUUGCUUAACCUUGCUUAAAGAGCUUGGAGCUGUGGAUGGAAGCACAAUAAAAGAGAGGUGUAUAAACAUAGGCAAGGAUGAGGUUCUGAAGUUGAUCAAUUGUUCUUUAACAUCUAUGGCACAUUUUUCUGAGACUGUCUUGGAAUCACCUGUCAGUAAAACCAGUUGUGCAAUUCGCCGUGUAGAAUUUAGUCCAAGAAGCACAACUGAAUCUCAAAGCGGCGUGGACACAACAAGAUCAAAAGAAGCAAAGAUAGCUUUGAAGCUUAUCAUCAACAAAUGUAACAACAAGGCAUUGUAUGCUGAAGCAGAGAAAGAUUUUGUUGAUCUCAUCUGCAGUUUUCUCACAUUUCCACUUGAUUAUAUGAGAGCCGUUCAAAGGGGAGAAAUUGAGCUGCCAGCAUAUUGUAAUGGCCAGGAAGAUAAUGGCAAGUGUGUUGUGCCUCUCAUAUGCUAUGAGAAUGUAGCCUAUCACAGGCCAGAUCUAUGUCCAAAGCAAUUUGGCAUUAAGAGGUUGAAGAAAAGUGCACUGCCGGUUAUAAGGACUUCAAAAGACUAUGAGAGUAUCGGCUUCCUAUAG